AAUUAGCAAAUGCUACUAGGAGUAAAUAGUUUUCACUAACGUCAAAAAUAGGAAAAUAUAAGGAUCAAAAAACAAUUCGAGGUAUCGAGUAAAAGGUGAAGUUUAUGAGUGAUACUUCCUCAGAUUCACUCUGCGCAGAGGGUGGAGAAUAGCCACAGUUCACAGUUCACACCACACCGACAGUCUCACUCGGGAUGGAUUCGAAAAGGCAAUAGCAAUUUCAUAAAAUUGCCAAUUUUUGGAUAAGGAUUUGGUAUCAUUCUCUAAUUACUUGUAGCAUUUCCUUAGAUCUCAUUGAUCUACCGAUACAAGUCUUAGGAAUUUCAUUGUCGUCGAAAUGGGGAAUCCCUCUCUUCCAAUUUUGCUAAUUACCCUUCUAUGUCCUCUCCUCUUCAAUGUCGCUUUCUGUAAAACCCUAAAACGUGAUGUUAAAGCAUUGAAUGAAAUUAAGUCAUCACUCGGAUGGAGGGUUGUUUAUUCAUGGGUUGGUGAUGAUCCAUGUGGAGAUGGUGAUUUGCCUGCUUGGUCUGGUGUAACAUGCUCUGUUCAAGGGGAUUAUAGAGUUGUUACAGGAUUAGAAGUCUAUGCAGUGUCAAUUGUUGGACCAUUUCCCAUUGCUGUGACUAAUCUGUUGGAUCUUCAAAGGCUGGACCUCCACAACAAUAAAUUGACAGGACCGAUUCCACCUCAGAUAGGAAGAUUGAAGCGAUUAAAAAUUCUGAAUUUGCGAUGGAAUAAACUACAGGAUGUCCUGCCCCCUGAAAUAGGUGAACUGAAAAGUCUGACCCAUCUAUACUUGAGUUUCAAUAGUUUCAAGGGGGAGAUUCCCAGGGAAUUGGCAAAUCUUCCUGAACUGCGAUAUUUAUAUCUACAUGAAAACCGUUUUGUUGGGCGCAUUCCUGCAGAAUUGGGCACUCUGCAGAAUCUUCGGCAUUUGGAUGUUGGUAACAAUCACCUUGUGGGUACCAUUCGUGAGCUUAUUCGCAUAGAAGGAUGCUUUCCUGCCCUUCGUAAUUUAUAUUUGAAUAAUAACUAUUUGACUGGCGGAAUUCCGGCUCAGCUAGCAAAUCUAACGAACUUGGAGAUCUUGCAUCUGUCCUACAAUAAAAUGACCGGAAUUAUACCAUCUGCCCUUGCUCGUCUUCCUAGAUUGACGUAUCUGUACUUAGAUCACAAUCAAUUUAGCGGGAGAAUUCCUGAUGCAUUCUACAAACACACGUUCCUAAAAGAAAUGUACAUCGAAAGCAAUGCAUUCAGACAAGGCGUAAACCCUAUAGGUGUUCACAAAGUACUCGAAGUAUCAGACACCGAGUUCUUGGUCUGAGUCAAACACCUUAUUCUUUAUAUAUUUACCACUCCCCCCCUCUCCCCUUCCUUAAAAUGGAAAGAAAUAUAAUAUCGUUAACGCCCAAGUGUAGAUGAAGAAAGUUGUACUUGCACUCCAUGUUUGUAGGUAGAGAACCAUAAUUGUUAUGUAAGAAUGCUGGCUAUAAUUGGCUGGGAAGAGCAGUUUGUCAUCAUCAAACAAGUUAUUAAUUUUUGAUACUAAUUAUUUUUCUAAUUA